AAAUCUCAUUGGGAACCAAAAAUGAGUCUUUUGUUGCAGAGUUAAAACACAAAACUUGGAAUGGAGAGAAUUGAGCAGAAGAUCUGAGGUUGCUGUUUUGCUCUAUGUUUUAUUACCUAUUCGAGUAGAAGAAAAGGAAAGGUUAUUAGCUAAGCAGUGUAACUGAUUCGCAUACUGAGCAUGGCUUAUGUUCCACCUCACAAACGACUAUCCAAGAACGAUGAUGGCGAAGGUUCUUCAUCGCAGUCUCCAUUACCAAAGCCAGCGUUGCCUUAUUUUCUGAUCAAAAAGGACAAAAAUCUCAAACACAAGUCUGCUGGAUCAAGUAGUGUCUCGGCUUAUAAAUAUGAUAGUAUAUUCAAGUGGUUCGCUGUUGGUUUGGAUGAUCAUAAUCACUUGCCACCUUCUGUUCAUCUCCGAACUAUUUCUGGGGAAACCGUUGAUGGGAAAAUUUUAAAACGUCAAGUUUUAUAUUAUGACAGUGAUGAUGAGAGCUUUACAAGAAGACGGCCAUGGGAGUACAUUGCAGAAAAUCUGCUACAAGAUUUGCUUUCUUCUUUUGAUGAAUAUAGGAGCAGAAGGGAGACUGAUAAGGACCUUCAAAAAGUUGACCCGAAGACAAUCCUCCUAAUCGCUAGAUUUGGCAAAGUUUUUUUUAGUGGGCCUUCAUAUUAUGAACACAAAUUUGAGAGAACAAAUUUAGUUUCUGAAGACUCACUGAGGCCACUGAGAAGCUCAUUUUACACAAAUAUUCCAGAAUCAUAUGUGGAAUACUUAUUAAAUGAAGGUGCCUCAAAGAGUGGACUUGAAUUUGAACAGGAGAAAGAAGUGUAUCGUGUUUAUUUUGGUGACGUAACACAACCAGGUAAAUCUAUGUGGUGCAAAUGUAAGGUAGUAGAAGAUGGAAAGCUUCAUUUAUGCAAGAUGGAGCACAGCCAUUCGCGUUACAUGCUCACAGACAUAUCUUGCCUUGAAAAGAAUUUGGACCUGAGGCUGGAUCUAGUCACCAAAAGAACUAAACCUGUUCUUAUUGAUGAGGACAUGCAAAGCCUCAAAGAUUUGAUUAGUUCUGCUAUUGUAGAUACAAAUCUUAAGAUUGGUCUGAGAUGGCCUUCGGGGAAGACUGUGUCUGGAAAUAAAUUUUUCUUGGGUAAAGUAUGGCGCAUAACAAGUAAAGCAUUCAAGGGUCCAUUGCUAAGGCUGAAGAUCAGAGAAGUUUUUCGGUCUAAAAGUGAGGAAGCUACAAGGGAGGUUUUUGUCAUGCUGAAGGGAUUAACUACAGAAUUACUGAAAGAAGAUGCUGAUAGGAAUCUCAUUAGUGAAAAGCUUAAGGAUGACUUGAAGGUUCUAUGGAACAACAUUCUUUGCUGUGAUGAGCACUUUCCAAAAGAGAUCAUUUUCGAACAAAGUCUUAGAUCCACAUGGUGUGUUGUUGGUUUGGAUGAUCAUGAUCAGUUUCCACCUUCUGUUCAUCUCCAACCUCAUCCAUCAGUGUCCCUCCUUCGGAAAUCUGGUGUUUUAAAGCCUUUAGCUUUAAUUAACAGUGAUCUUGCUGAACAAAGUUGCAGCAAAGUAACAGAGAGCUUUACAAGAAGCCCGUGGGAAUACAUAGCAGAAAAUGUGCUACGAGUCUUGCUUUCUACUUUUGGACAAUGGAGGAAAGAAAUGCAGUCUGAAGAUGUAAAAAAUACGCCAACUGUAAUUGCUAGAAUAGGGAAAGUUAUUUUUCAUCGGAGGCCUUUAAUCAACCAAGAAUCUGUCACAACAAAUUUGCUUUCUGUAGACGAAUUGAGACCGAUAAAGAAAUCAUUGUACACGAAUGUUCCCAAUUCAUAUGUGGAACACACAAUGAAAGAAGGUGCCUCAAAGAGUGGACUUCAAUUUGAAAAGGAAAAAGAAGCAUUCCAUGUAUAUUUACGUGACACCACAGAACGAGAUGAAUAUAUGUUAUGCAAAUGUAGGGUACUGAAAGAAGAUGGAAAGCUUCAAUUGUACAAGAUUCAACCCGGCGACACAUUCUGUGUGCUCAAGCAAAUAUCUUGUCUUGAAAAGAAUUUGGAUAUGAGACUGGAAGUAAUCUUCAAAGAAACUGUAACUGAUCUUAUUGAAGAUGACAUGCAAAUCAUCAGAAAUUUAAUUGAUUCUGCUGUAGUAGAUAGCAAUGUUCAGGGUGGUCUGAGAUGGACCUUGGGGAAGACUGUUUUUGGAGAUAAAUUUCGUGUUGAUGUAGUCUCGCACACAACAAGCAAAGUAUACAAAAAUUCAUCAUUGAAGCUGAAGAUCAAUGAUGUUGACUUGUAUGAUUUUGAGUCUUCAAAAGGGCAAGUUGAAAGGGAGGUUGUUAUGUCUUUGAAAGGAUUAUCUAACGAAUUACUGAAACAAGAGGUCCAUAUCAAUGUUAUUAAUGAUGUGCUUAAGGAGGAGUUGAAAGUUCUAUGGAACAACUUUCUCUAAUGUGGAGGCUUUACAACAUUAUCCAGAUCAGAUCGAUGUAACAUAUUUCAAUAAUUUUUAUCAAGGGGUACUUUGUGUUGUAUAUUCAGGAGCAUGUGGUCAGUACUUGGGUAUAAAUCUCUAAUUAUUGUUGAGAGGCUUGUAAGGUCAGCUGUUGAAGCUUUUAUGGAACAAAUUUCUUUAUAGUUGUAAACUCUCUUUUAAUGUGAUCUUGCUCUUGCGUGUUGCAGAAUUUGAUACUUUCGUUCUUAUUUUUCUUAUAAAUUUCAUCAAGGCAGUAUAUGCAUAUUAUAUGUUGACAUUAUCAUGGGGAAUAAUCAAGUAGAAGACCAUUUGUUUUUCUCUCUUA